AUGCUUUCUCGUAUGAGCGUUCGAACCCAUACUCACAAUGAGGUUCUUACAAAGAAUGAUUCUGUAAAUAUGCUAAAGAAUAUAGUUAAAUUAGGAAUUAGUUUAGUUACCUACUUAAGAAACUUAUUUGAAGAAAAUGCAUAUGAAGAAGUAUGUAUUAAUGAGUUAAAAUUAAAAAGACUUCUACCUAUAAAUCCACAAGCACAUAUGAUUAUAAACUGGUUAGAAAAAGGUGUUUUUGAAGCUAUUGAAAAAGAAUAUUUAAGAAUAUUAAUAUUAGAUAUAAAUGAUAUAUAUGAUAAUACAAUCGAAUGUUAUAAAUUUACUUUCUCAUAUAAUAAUAAAAAUGGAGAUGAAAUAGAUAUCACUCUAGAAAAAUCAAAUCAAUCUUCACAUGAAAAUAAAAAAAAUUUUGUAUAUAAUGAGGUAAACAAAAAUGUUAUUAAUAAUAUAUAUAAUGAUAAUCAUAUCAACAAGAAUGAUUAUGCACACACAACAAAUGAACCAUCUAAUAACAACAUUGAUGAUUAUAAUAAGGUAAAUGAAAAUAAACAACAAAAUGAAGGUAACAUGGUAGGCCACAUGGUAGGCCACAUGGUAGGUCACAUGGUAGAUCAUAAUAUAUGUAAUAAUAUUUGUUUACAUAAAAAUAUAAAUGAAAUCCAAAAGAAUUACACAAAUGAAUAUCCAUGUCAUAAAAACGACAGACUAAACUGUAACAAUAUAUCCCAUCCUCAAUGUAAUGGUUUUAUGAAUACACAGAAUUAUAAACAUAUCAAUAAUUAUUGUGUAAAUAAUCUUGAUGAUAAUAAAAAGUCCUGUUUAAAUUAUAAUCGCCUUAAAAGUAUAAAAGAAAGAUUAUUUAAUAAAAAUAAUAAAGAAAAAAAAAAAAAAAUUAAUAAUUUGUUUUUUAAAAAACAAGCAAAAGAUAAAACAUAUGAAUUAUUAAGAUCCUUAGUUUUACUUACACAAACAUUAGAACCCUUACCAGAGAGGACAUACUUAUCUAUGAAAUUAUUAUAUUAUGAUGAAAUCGUUCCAUAUAAUUAUCAGCCUCCAUAUUUUAAAAACCCUGAUCAUAAUGACUUAUUAAAAUUUAUAGAUAUACCUAAUGAAGAUUAUAUAGGAAAAAUAAACACAGGUCAUCACUUCCUUUCUAUUAUUGUGAAUUCAACUACCAAUAAUUUUAUAAAUAAAAAUAUAGAAAUGUAUAAUAAAGGUUGUUAUGAGAAACAUACUCAUCACUUGAAGAAACUAGAAAGAAACGAAAUGUCUAAAGGUAUACCUCACAUAGAAGGUAAGGGACCUGAGGUUUACCCCUUAACAAAUGAUGAUAAUGACGAGUAUGACGAGUAUGACGAGUAUGACGAAUAUGAUGAUGAAUGUGAUAAUAUAUAUGAUGAUGAUGAUGAUGAGGAUUAUCAUGAAGAAUGUGUCCAAUGUGUCGAACGAGACAAAUCUGAUAUAUAUAACAAAUUUGAUCGACAAGAAGAUAAUUAUAUAGAAAAACAUUAUAAUGACGAAUAUAAUUGUGAUAAUCAGAAUAUUUAUAAUAAUUAUCAUCCAGAUAGUUACUCUGAUGAUGAUUAUUAUGAUGAUGAUUAUGAUGAUGAUGAUUAUUACGAUGAUGCUCAUUAUGAUGAUUCUCAUUAUGAUGAUUCUCAUUAUGAUGAUGAUUAUGAUGAUACAUUGAAUAACCCUAAUAUUUAUUAUCCUUUAAAUGAACUUAAAAUGAAUAACCAUUUUGACUCAGACUAUUCAUUAAACAAACAAAGAAGAAGAAAAAGAAAAACAAGACAACCAAGAAGAAGGAUAAAUCAAAAUUUAAAUACAAACAUGAACCUUAUUGAAAAUAUAAAUCCAGAUGUUAUUCAAAAUGCAAAUAUAAAUAUUAAUGAUGACAUACAUGAAGAAAGUGUUAGACAGAUGAGAACAGGAAGAAGAAGACGACGAAGAAGAAGACGAAGAAGAAGAAGAAGAAGAAGAGAAAAUGAAGUGAAUACAAGAAGUAUUUCAAAAAUAAGAACGUCAUCAAAAACAAAAAAUAAAAUUAUCACUAGAACAAGGAGACGAGAAAAUACAAAUACAAUAUUAAAUGAUAAAGAACAUAUGAGUAUUCAAAAAGAUGUAAAUAUUAAAGAACAUAUAAGUGUUAAAGAAGAUAUGACUACACGACUAAGAUCUAGAACAAGAUUAAGAAUAAGAAGAAGAACAGCAAGUCUAAGUAGUAAUGCUAGUAAUAAAAAUAUAUUAACAGAUAGAAAUAAAAUUAUUUCAUAUAUACCAAAUAAUAAUUACUAUGAAAUAUUCAACACAACAAAUAAUGCUACAUAUAUAAAUAAUCUUCAACCUAAUAAUAUGAUAAAUGAAAAUAUUAAAGACAAGCAAUAUAUGCAUAAUGCUAAUACAAAUAUUGAAAAUAAUAAUGAACAAAAUGGAAUUAUUUCUUCAAAAAGGAAUAUGGAAAAUAUUCAAAAUGUUAUGAUGUCCAAUCAUAUAAAAAAUAAUAAUAAUAAUAAUAAUAAUAUGGAUGAUGGUGAUAAUAAUAAUAAUAAUAAUAAUAACCUUAUUGUUAAUCACAUAGAUAUUUAUAAUAAUAGCUAUAUAAAUAAUCAAGAUGAUCAUGUACAUCCUAAUAAACCCUCUUAUAGUAAUCAUCAAAUCAUAGAUAAAAUGAUUAAUGCAAAAAAACAAAGAAGAAUAAAAUUGUUAAACAAAAUUAAAAUGUAUAUUACUAGAUAUAAAAUUUUAAGUAAGACAAAAAUUAAAAAUAAAUUCCCAAGUGUAUCACAAUAUGAAAUAGAUAAAAUAUUAGAUGAAUUACUACAGGAUAAUAUUAUUACAACAAAUGCAAAUAGCGUUUUUAAAUUUGUUGAUAAAAAUGAAUAUAAUGAAGAACCUAUUAUAAAUAUAAAUACAUAUGACCAGGAAAAAAUCGAUCAUGAGAUAAAUGAACAUAUGGAAGAACAAAAAUUAAUUAUAAUGAAUAAUGACAAUAUGUUAAAUAAUAUACAACAUCAAGAUGAUGCGAACUGUAUUUAUAAUAAUAAUAUUAAUCAGCAGCAUAAAGAAGAAAAAAAAGAACAACAACAUAAAGAAGAAAAAAAAGAACAUAAAGAAGAAGAACAACAACAUAAAGAAGAAGAACAACAACAUAAAGAAGAAGAACAACAAAAUAAAGAAGAAGAACAACAAAAUAAAGAAGAAGAACAACAACAUAAAGAAGAACAACCACAACAAAAACCACAACAACCACAACAACAUGAACAAGAACAACUAUUUGCUACUAAUAAUGAUGAACAAAUUAAUAAUGAUAUAAAAAAACUAUACAAUGAUGUUUAUAAUAUGUGUGUUAAAACAAAAUAUGUUAAUAAAGAUAUUAUUACUAAAGGACUAGGUAUAUACCCUUUACUUGCAAAACCAUUACUACAUAGACUUAUUAAUGAAAAUGUAAUUCAAGAUAAAUUUAUAAAAAAUAAAGGAUAUGAAAGUAAUAUAUAUAUACCAAUUCAAAAUAAAUUUAAUAAAAAGGAUAAAAAGGACGUAGUAAAGUGUGAUAUUAUGUCUACUACAAAUUCGACCAAUGACGAAGAGGAUAAUGAAAAAAAAAAUAAAACAAAUAAAUAA